AUGGCGAGUGAAAUGAAAACCAUGUUUAGCGAAAAACAAAGGGAUUUAUUUGUGAUUGGUGCGUACAAAUUUCGAUUCCACAAGUACUUAAAAAAAAAUAAUCUAGAACGGUGGUGUUGUUGUAAAAAAACCUGUACAGCUUAUAUUCAUUUGAACUCCGAUAAUGAAGUAGUCAAAAAAGUUAUUGAUCAUAGUCAUGGUGAAGAAAACGAAAUAUUGAACCGUCAAAUCGUGAGUAAUCAAUUAAAACGAAAAGCUAUCGACGAUAUUUGCGAAAAACCAAGUAAAAUCAUUAGUCGCGAAUUACUUACACAUGAUGUAGAUACUUUAACUACAUAUGAUUUACAAUUGAUCAGAAAAAAUAUGCAUUAUGCACGAUCGUCUAUUUUGCCCAAAUUACCAAAAAAUUUGGAGGAACUUCAAACUUCAUUAGACAAUAUGAGCGAUUUCUUAUUAACCAAUCGUAGUGAAAACUUUUUGUUGGUAAAUGAUAAGGAAUCGAAUAUCUUAUUAUUUUCUUGUAAAAGUAACUUAAUGUUUUUAAGCAAUGUUGAUACAAUUUUUGUUGACGGAACUUUCAAAAGUUGCCCAAACCUUUUUACUCAAAUCUUCACAGUUCAUGGCUUACAAAAUGAUAAAUAUAUACCACUAUUAUUUUUUCUACUUCCUGAUAAGGAAUUAAAAACCUACGAAAAGGCAUUUUUCCACAUUUUGUCUGAAUGUAAUAAAAUCAAUAUUAUAUUUUCUCCAAAAAAAGUGUUUGCAGAUUUCGAAAAAGCAAUACAUUUGGCUAUUUUAUCAGUUUGGCCUUCAAUAACUCUGAAGGGAUGCCGAUUUCAUUUGGGCCAAAGCUGGUAUAGGAAAAUACAAUCAAUUGGCUUAAGUUCUGAGUAUAAAAUUGACAGCGAUUCAAGUAAAUACUUGAAAUAUUUUUUUGGAUUACCGUUUCUUCAUCCCGACGAAGUGAUCAACUGUUUCACAGACGAUUUAAUAUCUAUUAAACCGUUAGAUGAAAAAAUUGAUAUAUUUACUGAUUAUAUAUUAGAAACAUAUAUACUACCAGAAUCUAGUUUCCCGCCUUCAUUAUGGGCAGAAUACUCGGCUACUACUAUGAGAACUACAAAUAGUUGUGAAGCUUUUCAUUCUAAGCUCAACGCGAUGUUUUAUAAUGCACAUCCAAAUAUUUUUCAAUUUAUUGAUACUAUGAAGAGGUUACAAACAGAUAUUUAUAUAAAGCAACGUAGUAUUCACUUAAACAAUCGCACAACCUCGAUAAUUAAAAAAGAACAGUUUUUAAAACAAGCAAUGGCAGAUUUUGAAUCAAAAAAAAUUAGGAAUAGGACGAUUCGGCGUAGACGUUUAGGCAAUGGUCGUUUCGGCGUUAAGUCGAUGAUGUAA